CAAUGCCAAUUGGCAAAUAAGUGAAAAGAAUCUCGCAAUAUUGGUUUUGUUAUUUCGGCCAAAGUUAUUUUUUAAGGUAGCAAUUCGAUAGCGAUGCCCGUGCGCAAGUACCGCCGCGAGACCAGCGAAAUAAGCUGCUGUCUGAAGUACCUGCUGUUUGCCAGCAAUGUGAUCCUUUGGCUGGCGGCCCUGGUGGUCCUCUCCGUGGGCAUCUGGGCCUGGAGCGAGAAGGAUAUGUUCCGCAAUAUUACGCGCCUUCAUUUCAUUGCUCUAGAUCCGGCCUUUGUGCUAAUCAUGUUAGGUGGCGUUGCCUUCCUGCUGGGCUUCCUGGGCAGCGUGGGUGCCUUGCGAGAGAACACUUGUCUUCUGGCAGCGUAUGCAAUCUUUCUGAGUGUGCUUCUCAUCGCCGAGAUCGGAUUCUGUGCCCUGGCUUUCGUGCUCAAGGACAAGGGCUGGAUCAAGGACCAAGCCACUGAGGGCUUGAAGGCCUUUAUCAGGCAUUAUCGAGAGGACGCAGACCAGCAGAACCUCAUCGAUUGGAUCCAGGAGGACUGGUUGCAGUGCUGUGGUAUCGACGGACCCAAGGACUGGGACAGUAACAACUACUUUAAUUGCUCAUCCAUUGCCAUUGGCAGCCGGGAAGCCUGCGGCGUGCCCUUUUCUUGCUGUCGCCGACGUCCCCAGGAGGUGAUCAAAAACAAGCAGUGCGGCUACGAUGUCCGCAAGGAGGGAUACGGCAUGGAACUGUCCAGAAUAAUUUAUGAAAAGGGAUGCGUUCAAGCAGGCGAAGAAUGGAUGGAACACAAUUUAAUUAUUAUUUCUACUGCCGUUAUUAUUGUGAUGUUUUUCCAGGUCUUUAUUUUGCCUACUUUUUAUUGGUUCCGGUCUAUUUACGGUUCGAGAUGGGUGUUGGGGUGGCGGUGUACUAAUCCAAUCCUUUUAGGGUACGUCCUGCAAGGGCAUAGCUCACUGCAUCUUUUAAUAGAUCCUGGGCAUUUGCUUUGCUCAAAACCUGCGCGCCGAUAUUUACAACCAGAAAUCCAAGUGGCACUGACAAAUGGCCCUUGCUGUCGUUCCCACAGCACUCUAAAAAUGGAUCAUAGGAGGAGGACCUCGAGCCGGAAACUAAAACUACUCAUCUACGCUUCGGUUAGUUAACUACUACUAUAAAUACCUUAUCUACUCAAUACGCUCCUGCAAUCGCCAAUAUACAGCCGUAGCUAUGUGUCUAACUAUAGCGAACGCAUUCCGUCUUCGUGGACAAUGACUUACAUAUAUUAACUAGGUUGCCAAAUUGUUUGCUGUUCUUACGUCGGCUUCUCUCUGCCCAAAAGCCAAACUGAGAAACAAGUGCAAAACAGUUUUAUACAUUUUCUAUACAUUUUACAAUGAAAAGGAGGCAUGCGAAAAGUGAAGAAAAAUUAACUCAAAAUGCAACUGUGAUAUAUUUUUAACGAAAUGUAUAGAGAAACAAACAAGAAAUGAAAUGCAACAAUUUUUAACAAAUGAUUAAAACUGAACACGAUGCGAAAUCCAUACUUAUAUCAAACACAACUUCAACCUAGCACCGCAGAUGUCUGUCUUAAGUAACAAUCGUUAUUUUUAUAACCGAAGA